AUGACAAGUGUGGGUUUUCUUGAAGGGUUUUACUGGAUGUACCUCAUUGUGGAGGACUUAGUAUUGUGGUACAGAGAGUACAACCUGCAACUCAACAUCAGCAAAGAGAAAGAGCUGAAGGUGGACUUCCAGUGUGCCAAGCAGCCUCCGAGACCAACAACCAUUCGGUGGGGGGAAGUGGAAGUGGUGCAGAGCCAGAAGUACCUGGGAGUUCACAUACACGACAAACUGGACUGGUCUGACAACACAGUGGUGCUGGACGAGAAGAUAUUAAAGGGAGAGUUUAUUGUCCUGGCAUCAGCAUGUUGCAAGGCAAUACUUUUCUCUGUAAGCCAUCUCAUCAAUGAGUGCAUCGACAUGCACACCCAAAACUGGGAUAAGUAUGAUCUCAUCGUUAUACAAAUGAACGGAUCAACACCUUUGACUGUUACAGAAUUUGAGCUUGUGUGCUUCCCGGGCUUUCAGGACUACAAGAUGCUUCUCUUUGUCGGGUUCCUUGUUCUGCUGUUAAUCACAUUAACUACUAACCUCUUCUUCAUUAUUUUGGUCUCACUGGACCACAGGCUGCACACCCCCAUGUAUUUUUUUCUUUGUAAUGUAUCCCUUUUAGACAUUCUGAUAGCAAUUUCAAUUACACCAAAACUUCUUGCUGUCUUUACUGGGUAUAAUAAGAUUAACUUUUCCAGCUGCUUUGUGCAAUUGUAUUUUAUUAUUUCUUUUGGAGGUGCAGAAAACUUCUUAUUUGCAGCGAUGGCGUAUGACCGAUAUAUUGCUGUAGUGAAACCCCUACAUUAUAAUGUGAUCAUAAAUACUAAAAAAUGUUUUCUAAUAUUGGCAGUAACCUGGAUACUGGGCUUUUUGGUCCCAGCGGCUAACACAAUAUUAGCUUCAUUUCUGCCCUACUGUGCCUCUAAUAAAAUCAUGCACUGUUACUGUGACUAUCCAGCUGUAGUUUCCCUCUCUUGUGCUGAAGCUACCAAUCAAGAAGACGGAUUAUUUGGGUUAGCGCUUAUUGUUAACUACGUGCCCUUGAUUUAUGUAUUGUGGAGCUAUGUUAAAAUUCUGCUCUCUGUUCUAAAGCUAAAAACAAGAGAAAGUCGAUCAAAAGCCUUCUCUAUGUGCUCUUCACAUAUGGUUUUGGUAUCGAUAUGCUAUGUUUUUGGUUUUAUCAUAUAUGCAGAGUUUAAAAUGGAUGGCUUCUCGUAUGAAAGACGCAUUUUUGUUGGGAGCUUAACUUAUCUUCUGCUUCCAAUGGUGAACCCUCUGAUUUACAGUUUAAGAAAUGAAAAGAUAAAAGAAGCUGCUAAAAAACAUGUCAACUUUUUUGUCAUUUGUCAAAAGAUAUAG